UUUUGUUUACCAUUUUAUUCAGUUCUUUUUUCAGAACGCAAAUCUUCGGACCUCAAGCUCAGUGUAAAAAUGGAGAAUAAUGGAUAUAAGGGAGAAGAGGAUGUGAAAAUGGAGAAAUGUAAAGAGACAGUUGUGUAUAUGUGCGGCUAUUUACCGGGAAUUUCGCCUGACAAAUCGCCGAUUCUUUCUCCGAUUCGGGUCCGGUUACAUGGCGAUGAUGCAUGGAAGGAUGUUUGUGGAGGUGGCUGCGGAUUUGCUAUUGCCAUUUCAAGUAAACAAAUUUCAGUUCGUGUUAACUUCUCUGAGCGUGGAAAGCUGAUAUCUUGGGGUUCAACAAAUGAUGAAGGUCAAAGUUAUCUGACUUCAGGAAAGCAUGGGGAAACACCGGAACCUUUUCUUCUUCCAACUAAAGCUUCAGUUGUGCAUGCUGCUGCUGGCUGGGACCCUUUUGAUAUGGGUGAAGUGUAUACAUGGGGUUGGAAAGAGUGUGUUCCCUCGGCUAGAGUUCCUCUUUUUUUAACUACCGGCGGAAUUUCUCAGAAGGAUGUGAUAGGGAAACAAAGUGGUUCACUUACUGGGCAAGUUAACUCAGGGUCGCUAGUUUCAAACGUAAAUGGUGGGACACCAACUCAUUCUGACAACAAAAGGGCUGGGGAAGAAGUUGUAAAGAGGAGAAAAACAUCAUCUCCUAGAGAAGAAUCUGAAAACUCGGGCUGCGAUGAUUUUUUUAGUCUGUCCCCUUCUCCUGUAACUCUGAAUCCUGGCGUGAAUAUCACAAUGGUUGCUGCUGGUGGGCAACACACAUUAGUAUUAUCAGAUACUGGAGCUCUACUUACAUUUGGCUGGGGACUAUAUGGACAGUGUGGGCAAGGGAGCACAAAUGAUCUGUUGAGACCAACUUCUGUGUCUUCUUUAACUGGCACUCAAGUGGAGAGAAUUGCUGCUGGACUGUCGCAUACCAUGUGUAUCUCAGUUGAGGGUCGUGUAUAUGUCUUUGGUGGGAACCAGUUCGGUCAGUUGGGGACUGGUGCUGACCAAGCCGAGACUAAACCAAAGCUGUUGGAUGCGCCGAUAUUGGAAAAUAAGCGUGCAAAAGUAGUUUCUUGUGGGGCUCGGCAUAGUGCCAUGCUGGCAGAGGACGGCCAGGUGCUUAGCUGGGGAUGGAACAAGUAUGGCCAGCUGGGUCUGGGUGAUUCAACAGAUCGCAACGUCCCUUCUCUGGUUCCUGUGGACAGAUUUCUGCCUCAAAAUGUUGCAAGUGGUUGGUGGCACACACUAUUGCUGGGUCAAACAAAGCUCUGAUUUCCUAUCUUCGUAAACAACCAGAUGACAGUUUUCUUAGGAUAAUUAGCCUCUUGACUAUUCUGCUGAUUUCAUGUGCUUUAUCUUUUCAACUGCAAGGUACAUAAUGGUUAACGCUUUAGUUUUGGGCUGUAGCUUUAGUGUAACGUAGACUGCAGUGGAAAUUUGAUGACUCUCUAUACAUGAUAAAACUCUAUCAACAAGAUAGGUGUUCAUUACUUUCUUCA